AUGGCCGCCAUCGCUCCCUCCCUCGGCCUCCCAGGUGGCCUCGGACCGCCCCCCACGCCGCAACCGCCUCCAGUCUCCGGCCGCGACUACCUCCUCAAACUCCGCAAGUACCUCGGGGCCAACUUGACGCGUCUCGCGCCGCCGCCGCGAGGUAAGACAAAGGACGCGUCGUGGCUCGCACAAUCGUACACCGUCCUCACUCUGGGACUGGAUCCCAACUCGGCGCCGCUCAGCCCAUCGGUCAAAGUUCCCCUCACACUUGGGUUUGGGUCCCCAGCCCAGCCACCGCGGCACAGACCCGUCCUCCUCCGCCUGCCGCCCGACAAGCUCCUGUACCUCCUCUUGAGGUGGCAGAGCCUUCCCCAGUCGCUGUCGCAUGUGGGCCACACAGACGUCCCAGUCCCCGAUGGUGUGGUCCCCGUAGCUCGCGGCCGUGGGGACCAGCCGCGCCGAGAGGACGGUGACGUUGAGAGCGUGCGCUCGUGGGUCGGCAGUAUCCGCUCCGUCUCGAUGGGCACGCGCACCGCCGACGGUGGCGGGUUCGGAUGGUGGUCAAAGCCCAAGGAGGUCGAUGAAGACAAGAUCUUGCUAGAGCUGUACAGCGUCUUCAACACGCUCCCGGGACUCUUGAUCCACCCGCCGUUCCACUCUGAGGCUCCAGUUGCCGAGUUGCUGGACGCAGGAGGCUACACGCAGUUUGGAGGUGUGGACGUGCGCGUGCCACUGGACGUCCUGAGGAAUCUUCAAAUACUCGAGCUCGAGGGCUUUGACCCGCGCGGCCUGUUGAUCCCUGUCAACCCGCUGCUGCACAGUCUGACUGUGCGCGACGUGGAGGAUGCCGACGACUGGCUGCCCGAGCUGGUCAUCGAGGGUGAGAUUCCAUCUCCACCGGCAGAGUCUCCAGUCGUGACUCCCGAGGCUGCGUCGUCGCGCUUCCCCAACCUCCGGCACCUCAGCCUCACCCACACAUCCAUGCUGUCCUUCCCGGCCCUCCCGCUUACAUCCUUGACUCACCUCGACCUGUCCAACAACCUCCUCAAUGCCAUCCCAGAGUCGCUGGCUGCGCUGCACAACCUCGUCUCGCUCAACCUCUCCUCCAACCUGAUCACCUCUGUGCGCAACGCCCCCGCCGCUCUCGGCAACGUGCACACGAUCAACCUCGCGCGCAACCGCAUCGACUGCCUUGUCGGCCUCGACCGUGUCCUCGGCCUGCGCCGCGUCGACGUGCGCGGCAACCUGCUCGCGGAAGCCGACGAAGUGGGCCGUCUCGCCGUCCUGCCUGUUGUCGAGGCCGUCUGGUCCGCCGACAACCCAUUCUCUCUCACCCACAUGUCUGACGGCUCCGUCGCUGCCAAGCCGGCCGAGGAGUGGCGCACCGAGAUUGGCGCAGCCUUUGCUGCGGAGGCACACACUGUCGUGCUCGACGAUGUCCCCCUGAGCUGGUCCGAGCAGCGGCGAAUCGACGCGCUCCUCGCCGCAAGGGGAAGGCCGGCGGCGGCCAACGUGUACGACACGGCGGCCCCCGCGCCGCCGCCCAGACCCACCUCCCCCGUUUCCCCUAGCUCGCCCACGCGCGGAGGCUUUAACCGGACCCACCUGGCGGCGAGGUCCGCGACCGCGACCGCGAGUCCUACACGGGCGAGCAAGGCCGCCGCUGCCGCCACCGCCGCCGCGGUGGUGGACGAUGACCACUUCCACGCCAUCGCGACGGCCAGCGCACUCGUCCCCACCCCGGUGGGACGACAGCUCGCGCCGCCGUCGCCGAGUCGCUCGCCAGCGCCCAAGAAGGCAGCAGCGAAGAAACGGCCCCGUAGGCGCGUGGUCAACCUCGACGACGAAAACGGCUCGUCGUCGUCGCCGGCCGCCAAGGCGUGA